GGAGGAGAGUGGGGCAAAGACCAGCGCCGUAAAGCCAUCAAAAUGGUGAGAGUUUUACGGAUGUGUGGCCGCGGGUAUCGCCCGCCUUGCUAUUCGAUUGGUCUUUUUCUUCUUCACUGGAUUUGACGCUGUUAAAUGCCUCUGGGCUUCAUGUUUGCGACUGCGGCGCAUCUGUGGCUACCUGUGCCAGCGGAGGACUACUGCCAAUACGCAGUGAUGACGUUGGAUGGGAGUACCGGAAGAAUCCCAGUUUCCAAACUUAUUCUGGCGAUGGUUAAGCGAGUAUGCACAAAGACCGGGCGGGUUCUGUUUUUGGAAUUCCAGGAGGAUUCGACAUUUAUCUGCAAGGCGUCUCGGUGGCGGGGUAAACAUGCCACAGAGUCCGAGCAGGAAGGGUUGUGGUUGGUGGUGGCCCUACAGUCGCUUCACCUUGCUGAGCUGGCCGAGCGACUUGAUUCGUGCAACUGCAGGUUGGUAUUGUGCGGGGAGCAGCCUGUCAGAGAACAGAGCUGGAAUGCCAGCAAAACAGGAAUUUCGUUGACGCUGGCGUUGGCGUUGGCGUUGGAGUUGCUAGAGGUAGGUAGGUAGUGGUGGUGGUGGUGGUGGUGGUGGCAGCAUCAAUGAUCCAGCCCACAUAUCGAGAA